AUGGGCCGCAAAGAGCGCACCAAGCUCCUCCGCACUUCCGCGCUCAACCUGCGCAUCCUGAGCCCGGACACCCUGCACGACGAGAGCGGCGUACAUCUCGCGCUCGAGCAGCUCAGCGCGUUACUCGAGCUCGCGCCGGUCAAAGUACGGGCCGAGGCCGUGCUUACUCAGGCCAUUGGCAAGGCGGGGGCUUUACCGUACUUGAUUUCAGUGGCCACAGAACAAGACCUCAACACCCUCGCCCAGACGGCCCUCUCGCUCUUCCCGAUAACACAAGAGACAUGGUCAGAAACAUGUACAGGCUGGCGCAUCUUGACUUCGCUUCUGGAAAGCGCGAUGUUCCUCCCCGUCGAAACGCUCGACGAACACCAACGUACCCUUCGAGAGAUGCAUCAACACGUAGAGACAACACCCAGCGCUCUAUUGGCUCUAGCCUCAGCUCAAGCCGACUUGGAUCUACCGCUAUACGACCCGCCGGCGUCCGCGCCUGCAGAUUUAGACUCCGGGUUCAGCUGGAACGUAAAGCAAACACAACGAGAACGAAAGCAAGCCGCUCGAAGACGACCGGUGGCGGACCCGUCUCUUGAUACGGAUGGGCUGUCGGGUGUAUCUGCGUUAUCUGUGCUUGGAUAUGCGCUGCCGACCUCGCAGCAUCAAGCGGAAGAGUUCGUGGGGAGAAUAUUGACGAGCUGUCAGGCUAUACUCAAGCGGCUGCUCCUGUUCUUUAGACGUCCUGUAUUGCAAGAGGCUAUACGAUCUAUGUACAUUCCAAUCACCUCCGACCCACAAGACGCGAUCGAGCUCGAAGAGUCACUCGCAGACCUCAUGCUAGACGACGAUAGCCUAACCGACAUCGACACGGAAUCCGACACCCUCGUCGACGACCACUCCUCAACAACCGACUCAGAGUACCUAGACGGCAACAGAUCAAGCUCGCACUUCUACGACGAAGGCUUCGGACCCUGGCGCCUCGUUCUCUCCCAACGCGCCCGAGGCGACCUCCGAGAAUCCGAAAGAGGCGACGCGCAUAUGUAUAGCAUAUGGGUGAAGAAGAUGCGAGAGCUGUCCCACGGGCACUUUUCCGACGAUAACCAGAAGAGGUUUAUUGAUAGGGGGUUCAUCACGCCCGUGUUCGAAGCGAAGAUGACGAGGGAUACGCGGCUCAUCUACCAAAUCGACCUCGAACCGGACCCCCCCUCCUCCCUCAUCCGUCAAGUGAUCUACAUCUACUCCUUCUCGAACCACCGCCAGGUCGACAAGCGGCUCUGGAACGCCAUCGGGCACAAGAUGCUGCUCGAGCGCCGGAAGGGCAAGGGCAGCAGCAAAUGGGACCAUUUGAGCUGUAAGGGGCGGGUGUAUGGGAAGCGGUGCUCGUAUAGGGCGCUGGGGAUGGGGUAUGGCGAGACGGUUAUUCCGCCGGGGGAGUGGAGGAUCGAUGAUGAGGAGGGGGUCGCGCCUGUUAAGUCGCCGAUCUCGCCACAAACCGCCAAACGUCCUAAACAUCUCACAAUCGACCUCGCAGCCGCCCAAGCCCAACUCGAUCAAAGUUCGCCGCGCAAAAGCGGUGUAGCGCGGACGCCGGGUGCGACGCCUGCGAAGAGCGCGCCUCUAUUGCGCGCGUAUACAUUCGCAUAG